AUGACACUGGUUGGACUAUCAGUCGUCGGACUAUGCGUUGCUAUUGUGCAAGCAAAAGUGAAGCUGGUAUUCGACAGAAUGUUAAGAAGUAUUGAUGCACAGUACAGAAUUCGUCAAGUUGAUCCACACGUGGCUACAAUGAGUAUUGUAGAAGAUGAAGAAGAAGGAGUCAAACGAUUGAUUCAAUCUCAGUCACUGGAGGAUCGAAUCAUCUUCCUUUUUGUUGAUGAACAUAAAAAGACGAUGUUGAAGGAGAGAUGGAAGCAGAAAAGUUCGAUGGUCAAUAGAAUAACCCAAACCUAUCCGUCCAAAGCUGACAAAUAUGUACAAACAGGUCAGAGAGUAUACGAUCAACGUCUUGAAGGAUCAGAUGAAGAUCAAAGUGAUGAAGAUGAAGAAGAUGUUGAAUACGAUGAAUUGGGAAAUAAAAUCAUUCCUCCACCUGUUCGAAGAUACAUUUAUACUGUUUUUGAUUAG